AUGAGUGUGCGCCAUUUAGGUGGGGCCCUGCGGUGGGUUGUCGUUGAAUCGCUCGAAGAGCGACUUGAGGCGAUGCAGGAACGUCUCUCCAACUGGGGCUUCGCAGGGGUGACACUCGGCGCCAAAGCGGCACCAGGCGCCCCACGAGGGUGCAAGAGAGUCAAUGUGCCGCGGGAUAUGAACAGUCGCGUGGAGGCCUUCGUCCAAGAAGACUGUAGCCACACGGGUAACACCGCCGAGGAGGCAGUUGAGACAGAAGAGCUUUUGCUUCGACGACAGUUACGCGGCCUUGAUCAGGUGAGCGCCAUGAUUCUUGCGGAAAUAAAUCGUAGCGGUGAUGCUGGAAAUGUUUCUCGCGUGAGGGCACUUGAAAAAGAGCUACAGGAGGCCGCGGAAUUGAAGUGCAGCGCAGCUCAUUGUCUCGAGACACGUGUGGCGGAAGAGGGAAGGAAUUCCAGCGAGUUCAACACGCUCUCCUCGGAGUGCACCUCAGAAGGCACAUCGUCGACCUCCGCCACUAACACCACUUCCCCUCCGGUGCUUUUGACAUCGGAUGCCAAUGAAGGCGCUAGCAGUCAGGCGCGCUGCAACAGUGAUCAAACGUUGGGCACACAUGGUCCCACCGGCUGUGAUUAUGAGAGGUCCUUUCGUCGUUGUUCUUCGGCGGGACAACCGCGUGAACAACCCACACAUCACCGGAUGUAUGAAUGGCAGGGGAAGGAGCCCGGCAGCGUCGGUGCGCCGCGCACUGAGAGACGCCGUUCUGCCGCUUCCCCGUCGAGGCACCAACAGAUGCAAAAAGAUCUUUUCCGCGUUUAUGGAGUCUCCGUGGCCCCGGAGCGACCGAGGACGAAUCGACCUGCAACCGUACAAACUCAUUAUAGACGUUUUACCACCGGCGAAAACAGCAGCAACAACAGCAUCAACCGCUACCCACAGGAUGCCGAGGGAGAAGAGAUGAUGUGUGACAAAUUCCCCGCCAAGGGCAUCGAGGUUGUUGACGCGUCGGGUACUGGUGUGUCUGUAGUAGUGCGACGCAUGGUUCGACCCACACAAAGGCAAAGACGAAACUCCUGCGCACCCGCAUUUGAGGCGGUGAAUAAGGCGCACAUGGCACGGCGACCUGUACUGAGAGUGCGCCGAGAUGUACAAACUAGCAAGUCGCAAAGCAUCAUUCCCGGGCUCAGGGAGGCCACUGAAGCCGCUGCGGAGGCUAUCGAUGCGGCGAUGACGGCUGUGGCGGCAUCCUCCACGUCCGCGCCGCAUACACCACGUUCUUCGAUUGAUCGAGAGCCGCUAUAUCGCCGCGGCAGUAGCAGCCUCCGCCUAUCUCGGGAGAACAGCGUGGAGUGUGGGACUCUGCUCAACAAGCGUCGUGUAAGAAGUGCUCAUCCCCGUCGCAUCGUCCAUCAGGAUGCCGAAUUUGUGCAGGCCCGCCGCGAGGAAGGCAACCGUCUCGUUCAGAAUAAGCAGUACGAGGAGGCGGUGCGGGCAUACAGUGAGGCUAUUGAACGCGACCCUGAAAACGAUAUUAUACUUUGCAACCGUGCUGCAGCAUAUUUGUUCAUGAACCAACAUGCCCUCGCUCUCCUUGACUGUGAAUCCGUUCUGCACCGCUCCCCUUCCAACUUCAAGGCCCACUGGCGGGCAGCCAAAGCGCUCCUCUACGCAAACAGAGUUCAGGAGGCAAAGCGUCACUACCGUGUUGCACGCGAGUUGUGCAUUGAUCCAUUAGAGGAGCGUGCCAUUGGGGAGGAAGUCAAGGCGAUGCGGGCCUUUGAAAUGUACUAUGUUCACAUGAAGGAGUGUCGGUGGAUAGACGGUGUGUCGUGUGCCGACCAGCUUCUUCGCGCGUUCGGCUCGACGGGAGCUGCGAGCCUGCCGUGGCGCUGUCGAAAGCUGGAGGCGCUUCUUCACUUAGAUCCUUGGCGUGCGUUAGAAGAUAUCAAGCGGCUCCGGGAAAUGCACCCUGAAUAUGCUGAGCUGCUGUUUCUGCAUGCCAAGUCCCUGUUUUUCUGUGCGCAUGAUGCGAAGUCUACAGAGGAGGCGCUUCAGCUCGUGAGCGCUGCCCGAACGCAGAAGGUGAGCGAAGGCGGUGUGGAGGACACCCGCUACGCCAUGCUGGAGCGCACAGUGAUGUCCUUUGAGCGCCACCGCGAUCGCGGCAACACAGCGUAUAGCAACGGCGAUUGGGGGGAGGCGUACGCGGCGUACACGCGGUGUCUCUCCCUGGACCCACUCAACAAGUCGCUCCUUGCCGUGACAUACUGCAAUCGCGCUGCGGCCUGCAUGCAGGGUGGACGCUGGAACGAAGCACUAAGCGAUGUGCAUCGUUCCAUUCAAAUCAACGGUGGUAGUGCCAAGGCCUAUUCACGGCGAGCGCGCAUACAUCUUCACUUUUUCUCCCAGAGAGCCGCUUCAACCAUUGACAACCUUGAACUCGCGAUCAAGGACCUUAACAAGGCGGUGGAACUUGCUCCAACCGACGAGAACCAACAACACCUUGCCGAGGCGUUGAGGAUGCGACAAAUGAGGGAAGAGCGGCGGAAGGAGUCUCAGAGUGGUAGUAGUAGCAGCAACGGUGACGACACUAGCGAAAAGCGCAGGUUUCAUGCCAAGAAUCCGUAUCACCAAUCUGGUUUUUUCCGGUCACAACGGAAGCCGAAUGGAAAGAGUAACAGCGGUAGCAACCAAAACGAGAGUUUGGGAUUAGGUUCCUUGAAGGCAGACUGUGCCAAGGUUUUAGGUUUGGACAGCUCCAUUGGUUUAGACGUAAAGUCUCUUGCAAAGGCGUACCGCGAGGCGGCACUGCGGUGGCAUCCCGACAAGUGGGCCGGGGCAGGGCAGAGUGAGCACCACGUGGCCGAGCAGAAAUUUAAAGAAAUCAACAUGGCAUACCAAUCGCUGAAGGAGAUGAUUGUGCGGUGCCAAGUGUGA